AUGGCAACGCCCCCGGCAAACGGGACGUCAUGUUUCGGCUCAUCCUUGACAAAGAAUGAUUGCGCGUUCCUGGAGACAACCAAGUAUGACCGAUGCAUCUGCGGUUAUGAUGACAAACAAUUCCUCAAUGACUAUGCCGAGUGCUUGGGCGAAACAGACCAAGUCGGUUUGCCAGGAGCUUACGAGCACAUGUCAACUGUGUGCGACAUAUUUCACAUGCCCAUCAAGAUGAGUCGAGAUGGUUUCUUCGAAGCCGCAGGUGUUGCGGAUCCGGACGCUGAAGGCAAGUUGGGAGGCAUUUCGACGGGCGCCAAGAUUGGCAUCGCCAUCGGCGCAAUGGUCGCCGCCGCCAUGGCCCUCGCCGGCCUGAUUAUUUUCUUCCGCUGUCGCAAGUCGAGACGAGAAAUGAAAAACUCGGUCGAGCCCAAGCGCUGGAGGUUUGAGGACAUGACCCCCCCAGCCGCAACCCAUUCGCGCAUGGUGCCGAUGCCGCCUCAGCCAUCAACACCGCCUCGACCCUUACCGGCGGAGCUUGUGGCAUCGAUUCCUCCGCCCCCAGGAUACACACCCAGCCCGGCCAGCGGCGUCGAUGCAGCGUCCCGGGCAGCCUCGUCACGAAGCCUCUCGGCGUGGGGAUAUAUGGAAUCGGCCAUGUCACCUUUGACCACGGCCGCCAGCCAGGCGCCUCCGUCGGGCGAGAAGACGACAUGGCCAUGUACCCCGAAUCGAUAUGAGUCGUACGAACUGGAAGAUACCGGUAUCGCAACGCCCGAGCCCGCGAUUGAGAGGAGAGCGGCAAAUUUCAUAUAG